AUGGCGGGAGAUGAUGUUGAAGUCAUUGGUUAUGUGGUUGAAUACAGAAAGAAUGUAAAGGCUAUAGACAAUCAGAUGUGGCACACCAUGAAAACCACCACUAGAGAGAGUACACUGGAAGGACUUGAGGCUGACACUGCAUACAGCAUCAGAGUCUUUGCUAACUGUGGCGAAGCAGGGAAUAGUCUACCCAGUUCUGAGACUGUGCUGACUACCCUUAGGGUCUCUGAUCCCCAACCGAAGAUGAGCAAAUCAACCAGAGCAAAAAGUGAGGAGUUCCUCACAAAAUCCCAGAAGGUGGAAAAGGGCAACCCCUCAAUCCACUGGCUGAAUCUGGAACAGAAGUUGGGUGUAAGUGACAGUUUUGACCAGUACAGAUUUGGGAAGAAAGUUGAGCAAGGUAAUAACAAGGUGAUAUUGCUUCUGGGGGCCACAGGUGCAGGAAAAACAACUCUGGUCAAUGUCAUGAUAAACUACAUUCUCGGGGUAAAGUGGGAAGAACGUUACCGCUUUAAGCUCAUCCAUGAGGUGACCAACAGGUCACAGGCUGAGAGCCAGACUGUGGUUGUGACAUCAUACGAGCUCUACAACCAGCCAGGCUUUCAGAUUCCUUAUUCUCUGACCAUCAUUGACACACCAGGGUUCGGAGACACCAGAGGAAUGGCUCAAGAUAAAUUGCUCACCCAGAUGUUGAAGGAUUUCUUGUGUAAUCCUUUAGGGAUUGAUCACAUUGAUGCACUCUGCUUUGUAGUGCAGGCAACACUUGUUCGUCUCAGUCCUUCCCAGAGAUACAUCUUUGAUUCCAUCCUGUCCAUCUUUGGAAAGGAUGUUGCUGAAAACAUCCUGAUGCUUGUGACAUUUGUAGAUGGGAAGCAAAUACCGGUGCUAGAGGCCAUCAAAGCUGCAAAUCUGCCUUGUAAGAAAAACAAGAAGGGGCUACCAACCCAUUUCAAAUUCAACAGUUCAUUUGUGUUCUCAAAGGAGACGGAGAGCAGCUCUGAAGAGGAUGAUUCCAAUGAUGAUCAUAAGGCCCAGUGUCCAGAUCAAUGGAGUUCAACUUUCAAGGAGAUGAAGAAAUUUUUCCAAGCACUGGAAAGCAUUGAGAGUAAAGAUCUGACCCUGACAAAGAAAGUUCUGGAAGAACGUGAGCUUCUGGAGAAGACAUUGACACACCUGACCCCUCAGAUCACAGCAGGUCUGUCAAAGCUAAGUGAGAUCAAAAGCUUCAAACAGUGUCUGGAGAACGAGGACGAGAACAUGAAACAGAACAAAGAUUUUGAAUCUGAGGUAAAUGUGCUGCAGGUGAAGAGAAGCAAAUUAUCCCAAGACUUUGCAACAAACUGCAAGAUAUGCAAUUUCACAUGUCACACCUGCUGUUUCCUCCCAAAUGAGGAUGAAAUCAAAAGUUGUGCCGUGAUGGAUGAUGAUGGCAACUGUACCGAAUGUCCAGGAAAAUGCUCUUCCACUGACCACGACAGGGAAAAAGUCUUGUUGACAUAUGAAACAAAGACUGAGAAAAGGACUAUUCAAGAACUGAAGGACAACUUCAUGAAGGCAUGGGACAAGUCUAAUGAAACCAAGGAGAUGCUGGAUAAACGUGAGGAUGAGUUUCAUAUGAUUGAGGACGCGCUGAUGAAUUUGAUCAAGCAGUCUUCUGACUGUCUCAAGAGACUUAAUGAUGUUGCCCUGAAACCAAGCUCUCAGUCCACUGUGGAGUACAUUGAGAUACUCAUUCGCACAGAGGAGGACGAACGCAAAGCCAGGCUUUGA